UCGGAGUUAGAAGUUUUAAGGUAUUCCUCGUGUUAAUUGUGCCAGAUAUCUGGUUCGGUUCCUUGGUGUUAGGCGAGAAAAACUGGUCUGACGUGUGUUUAGUCAACUGUGCGUGUCCUUAUCGCAAACACAGUCCGCAGUUUUUAGGCCAAACCAUGGCCAACUUCGGAGGGCACGCCAUCCCCGGCUCUUUCUUCUUGCUCUUUGGAUUUUGGCUGACGGUGAAACACACUCUCCAGCACUACUGGAGGACGAGUCAUCCCAAAAGCAGAGCCAUUUUGCCUCCUGUCUUUAAAAAGAUGGACUACAUUGAAGGAGGAUUCCAAAUCUUCGCCUCAUUUGUUGGCAUCAUGGUGGAGCAAUUUGUGGUGGAUGGACCGCACGCUCAUCUUUACGACACGCAGAACAAUUCAUGGGUUAAGCUGAUGAACUGGCAGCACAGCACCAUGUAUCUCUUUUUUGGCAUCUGUGGAGUAGCGUUGGUUGUGAGCACCAUGUCCAAAACGGUGCCCGUUGGCGUGGACCGCUUUGCCCUCUCCUUGGCUCUUUUUGUAGAAGGCUUUCUGUUCUACUACCACGUGCAUAGUCGCCCCCCGCUUGACGCUCACAUCCACUCCCUGCUCCUGGUGGUGGUGUUCAGUGGGUCAAUCAGCACCAUGAUUGAAGUGUUCAUAAGAGACCACAUUAUUCUGGAACUGCUGAGAGCCUGCUUGUUCAUCCUGCAGGGCUCAUGGUUCUACCAGAUUGGUUUUGUACUGUACCCACCCAGCGGACCCACGUGGGACUUGACUUUGCAUAACAACAUCAUGUUUGUCACAAUGUGCUUCUGCUGGCAUUUGGCUGUGGCCUUGAUAGUCGUCACCUGCACAUCUGCUGCCGUUUGGAUCACCAUGAGGAGAUUCUCCAGAGAAGGACAAGACAUUGAGAUAGUGCUACGAAAUAGGUUGCACAACAAAAGUUCAGAGAAAGCUUUACUUGAAGAAUCAGAGGAGGAAUAAUGGCUGAAUUUUUUUUUGUGGUUUUGUCUUAUUGAAUGAUUCUUUUCACAGUGCAACUCAAAUUUGAUUGAUACAAAAAUACAAAAAGCCUGAGUUGAAAUCUGAUCGUAUUAUGGUCCAAAAUGCACACAUAAAAACACCUAAGACUUAAUGAAUAUCCAUACAUCUUAUACAGAGUGAAAGUGUGAGCUUUAAUCAGUGAUAUUCAUAAUUCAACAUACUCUGCUUUAAUAUUAAGGAAAUUAAAUGUACUGUCGUUUAAAUUAAU